AUGAUGAUCGAAGAUCGUAUUCGCCAACUCCCGUCCCAACUCGAAAAUCGCCAAAAUUCCAGCCAGAGAGACUCUUCUAGUCGUGCUGAGAUGACGAUCUCAUAUUCGGGAAACUUUUGUGGAUUGCUACUACGAUGGAAAGGUUCCCUAUGGCGAUCUGUUUGGAAAGAGUUGCUCAUCUAUUUGGUGAUGUACUACUCUAUUCGAGUGUUCUACCUCAUUGGCAUUGACUACAUAUUCGAGGAUGACGAUGAUCGCGACAAAUACAGGAAAAAAUUCGAAGCAUUAUGUCGAAUGUUCGAUGGCUACACUAAACUAAUUCCGCUCACAUUUCUACUCGGUUUCUACGUAUCAAACGUCGUGUCGAGAUGGUGGAGACAAUUUGAAUGUUUAUCAUGGCCUGAAGAUAUACUAAGCAUGUUGUGUACAGUAAUCCAUGCAAACGAUGAGACAAGUCAACGAAGACGUCACAUGAUUGCCAGAUACAUUAAUUUGUCCACUGCACUCGCUUGGCGUGAUAUUUCUAAAAAGAUUCGACUUCGAUUCCCUAAUGUAUCGAACUUCGUCGAAGCUGGAUUGCUUACAGAAAAGGAGUAUGAAGCACUGGAAAACAUCAAUGAAGAUUGUGAAACAAUUCGAUGGAUGGCUCCGCUUCAUUGGGUUCAACAAAUCAUGCGAAAGGAGGAAGAGGAAAACAAACCAACCACUUCUUUAUUCAAUAACUUCAUGACUGAACUCAAGCUCUAUCGACAAUCACUGCGAAGAUUGUUCUGCUAUGAUUGGGUCUGCGUCCCACUUGUCUACACACAAGUAGCCGCACUGGCAACGUACGCAUUCUUUUUCUUCGCGCUAUUUGGACGUCAAAAUCUUAUACCAGAGAUGAAAGCCGGGAAGGAAAUCGAUCUCAUGGUAGGACAAGAUCUAAUGCGUCCGUUCGGUCUGGAUGAUGACGACAUCGAACUGAACUACAUCCUAGAUCGAAAUAUUGCCACUUCCUUUGCGAUCGUCAACCGUCUUCAACUUAUGAAUUUGCCAGAACUAGAAGAUGAUCACUUCUGGAAGCACAAGGAAGGAAAAAUUGAACCGCUACCGCAUACUAUAUACAGCCGAGAACUCGCUGAACAUCGCCCCAAAUUGCAUUCAUACGUCAGAGUAGGUGCUUCGGAGGACACGAACUCUCACUCUUUGGCCAGCUGCAUCUCAAGUGACAAGGAGAAAAGGCACAUCAACUGGUGA